AUGGGGCGAACGAAAGGUACAAAAGGAUCGGAAGCUGGUAAUUUAUCGGUGAGUAAAAGAGGUACAAAGGGUCGAGGUAAAGAUCAAAAUAGUUCGAUUAAUAAGACUGGUUUUGAUGGUUCUAUGUCAGCGCCAUGGCGAAAAACUGUUUCCAUAUUUAAACAACCUGUCACUCUUGUACAUACCUCAAAACGUGACUCAAAAAUAUGUAAAGGUGAAGAAGCACAAGCACGUCGUAGUGGUGGAAAUGGAAAGAAAGAGAAACCAUUGCAGUUGUUUUGGUCGAAAAGAUUAGAAGGAAUUCGCGCGAUGGUACCAUUGGAUACAUUCGAUCGAUUCAGUGGUGAAAAAACUGAGUACAUUUCAAGUGGAUUAGAAUUGGCAAAUAAAAUUGAACCAGCUUUAUCGGUUAUUGCCGAAGAUUCUGCAUCGGCAUCACUUUUUUCAGUUUUAAACUCAUUUACAACUUCGACAAUAGUUGGACAAGAGGCUUCGAGGAAGGAAUUAGACUCAAAUCCUUGGAUUAACACUAACGCUGAACAGCCCUUCAUCAAGCCAUAUGAAAUAAAAGAAAAGGAUAUUCAAUCACAAGAAGAACGAGUAUUAUUACAACGAAGGCGACUACAAGAGGCUCGUAAACUUCUUGGAUCUUAA